AUGUAUGACAGAAUGAUACAUACUUUUACAGUCAUUGUCGUUUCGUAAAGAUAAUGCUCUUUUCUAAUAAUUCCGUGCCGUAUUUCUUCUAGUAUUCUCCUCAAUGGAUGGAUACACUAUUAGCAUACGGGUGUACAUUUAUUUUUUAAUUUAUUGAACAACUGAUUGAAGCUUCGUAUUCUUUAUACUUAUUGGAUAAGUUCAACAUCUGCGUUACGUUUUCCAACAAUUAAAAGACAUUUAUCUAUAAAAUACGUGCGCAGUAUUUUACUUAUUGUAUACUAUAUUGAUAAGGUGUUGUAGUUUGUGAAAAUAGAUUUGUGUGUUAAUGAAUUAGUGGGUUUUGUAUAAGUGACUGGCGUCAAAAUGUGUGGAGGAUUCACUUGUUCGAAGAAUGCAUUGAUUGCAUUAAAUAUUCUUUAUGUGGUGGUGGCUAGCAUUCUGAUAUCAGUGGCGGUGUACGGGCAGGCGUCGUCACUGGUCACCAACCUGCCAAUAGUUGGUGGUAUCCUGGCAUGUGGGGUGUUCCUCAUCUUGAUUUCUUUGCUAGGGCUGCUUGGAGCAGUCAAGCACCAUCAAGUUAUGCUAUUCUUUUACAUGGUGAUCCUGUUCCUGCUGUUUUUAGUUCAGUUUUCAGUGGCAUGUGCUUGCCUGACUGUUAAUUCAGACCAUCAGGAAAUGUUGGCUCGGCAAGGAUGGAACAAAGUGGGUAUGGAUGUGAAAGAACAAGUUCAGGAGAGGUUCCAGUGCUGUGGCUUCCAAAACAGAGCGCCUGAGAAUGGCACUGCUGAGCACCCCUCUUGUGACCUUGUGGAUAAAAUCUGCUGUGCAAAUAUGCUUGAUGCUCCAAAUUGUCAAUGUGACCCAUGUAUGGACAAAUUGAAACAGACCAUUGACUAUGCAUUCAAGCUGUGUGGUGGCAUAGGACUAUUCUUUAGUUUCACUGAGUUUCUGGGUGUAUGGUUGACAGUAAGAUACCGUAACCAAAAGGAUCCGCGUGCUAACCCCAGUGCAUUUCUGUGAAUGAUCUGACGAUGUGGAAUUUAAUCACUUGAGUUAUUCGCUGUAUGGCUCGCCCGACGAUACCGCAACCAACCCGACCCUAAUUAUAAGGAACCUCACGCCAUUUUCCCUAGAAAGAAUUACCUGUAUUAAAGUACUAAGUUUUA